CGUGCAUUACUCCCGGAGAGACGAGUGCAUGCCAAGUUAUAGAGCAGUCAGAUGCGGGGUUAGGUGAGACCUGUGCCCCGUUAGAAACAGUAGCAUAAGUACAGAGUGGUUCACACAAUCUGUGAACGACGGUCUUCAUUUCCAUAACUCGAUCCCCUCGCACCUAGCACAAAUCAUGGCAAUUAAACUGGACAUCGCUACUUAUCCGGGAAACAUAAUCAACAAUCAAUUCGUGCCGACACCACAGACACGCUCCUCUAUCAACCCAGCAACAGGCGAAAACCUCUUCGAGGUUCCGAUCGCGCGCAAAGAAGACCUCGAUGUCGCAGUCGCAGGAGCGAAGACAGCCUUCAAAUCCUGGAGUAAAACCCCAUUUUCAGAGCGCGCCAAAUUGCUCCUCGAUUAUGCGGAUGCCAUCGAAGCCAAUCAACAGGAACUGGCCCUGUUACUUACCAUGGAACAAGGCAAACCGCUGUCCCUGUCGAAUAACGAGAUUGAGCGCAGUCUGACUUGGCUACGAGCAUUUGCUACCAUGGAACUUCGCGACGAGAUUCUCCAGGAUGAUGCAGAGAAGACUGUAUACUCAACAUACCCUGCAUUGGGAGUGUGUGCAGGUAUAGUGCCUUGGAACUGGCCUAUCCUGCUCGGCGUUGGUAAGCUUGGGCCUGCACUCAUAACUGGAAAUACAUUCAUCAUGAAGCCAUCCCCAUACACGCCAUACUGCAACUUGAAACUUGGGGAAUUGGCAAUGCACGUGUUCCCUCCUGGUGUGGUUCAAGUACUUUCUGGAAAUGAUGACUUGGGGCCAUGGAUUACAGAACACCCGUCCAUCGACAAGAUUGCUUUUACAGGAUCAACAGCGACUGGGAAGCUUGUGGCAGCUUCCUGUGCGAAAACGCUAAAGCGUUAUGUCCUUGAAUUAGGGGGCAACGAUGCUGCGAUUGUGUGUGAAGACGUCGACAUAGACGCGUGCGUGCCGAAGCUUGCCAUGUUGAGUUUCUUGAACUCUGGACAAAUCUGCAUGCUGGCAAAGAGAAUAUAUGUCCACGAACGUAUCUACGAUACCUUCCGUGAUAAGAUGGUGGCUUUCACAAAGUCUACCAUCAAGACAGGGUCCGGAAUGGAAGAGGGUGUCGUUGUAGGCCCGAUACAGAACAAGAUGUACGAAAAAGUCAAAGGCCUCUAUGCACAAAUCGAGAAGCAAGGCUGGAAAACGGCCCUUGCGGGUUCUGCACAGGAUUCUGCAUCAGGAGGGUACUUCAUCACUCCAGCUAUUAUUGACAAUCCUCCUGAAGAUUCUUCCAUCGUAACGGAUGAACCAUUCGGACCAAUAGUUCCUUUGUUGAAGUGGUCGGAUGAGAUAGAUGUCAUCGAGCGCGCAAACGCAAGCAAAGCCGGUCUUGGUGCUUCAGUGUGGAGUCGUGAUGUAAAACGCGCUGAAAGGAUGGCGAGACAACUAGAAGCAGGGAGCGUUUGGGUGAACUCACACUUUGACGUAGACCCAAAAAUUCCAUUUGGCGGCCACAAGGAAAGUGGGAUCGGAAUGGAAUGGGGCAUUGAGGGCUUGAAGCAUUAUACCAAUAGUCGGAGCUUAUGGGUUUGGAAGUAGGAAAAUUGAAAUGGAGGCUACAUACACGGCAUAUUCAUGCACACAAUAAAUUAUGAAGGCCUUCACCUUCUAAUCAGUUCAAUUGCGGCACACAAUACAUUAUGAAGGCCUUCACCUUCUAAUCAGUUCAAUUGCGGCACUCAAUUGCCAAGAUGAUUUCCUCCUACCACACUGGCUAUAUGUGCUAAGGUGAACCCGG